AGUGCUCUAACUAAACCAAAUAUGGCCAUAGUACUAGAGAAUCCCCGACAGGAUUUAGCACUCCAUACAUUUUCCCUGCAACUCGGUCGGUUCUCCUUCCCCAUAUCGUUCCUCUCCUGAUACGUGGCGAAGGAGGAACUGAACGUCUGAAUCUGAACCCUUUCGUUCCUCUCCUAUUCGAACUCCUCGCAGCCAAAUCCGAUGGCGGCCUCAUCAUCAGCGGGACCCUCGGCGGUAGACGCGGCCUCUCUCGCCGCGGUGGCGGAGGCGGCGCCGCCGGAGGAGAUGACGCUGGUGGUGAAGUGGCGCGGGCAGGAGCAAACGGUGCGGAUGGUGGGGGACGAUACGCUCGGUGAGCUCAAACUGCGCAUCUGCGAGGUCACCGGGGUGCUCCCCAAGCGUCAGACGCUACUCUACCCCAAGCUCAUACUUAAGGACAUGGACGACUCCACCCUCCUCUCCUCCAUCCCUUUCAAGCCCAACGGGAAGAUCAGCAUGAUCGGUACAAUUGAAGAAGAAAUAUUUGUCGGCCAAGAAGAUGAUCCGGAGUUACUUGACGAUUUUGACUUUGAGCAGAAUGAAGCUACACCCAUUAAGGAUAAAGAUGUCUACAAGCAAAAAUUAAAGCGACGCGCAAGUCGUUAUAAGAUCAAGCUCUUGAAUCCGUGCCGCAAAGGAAAGAAGCUGCUUGUCCUUGACAUUGACUAUACUCUGUUUGACCAUAAGUCAACAGCUGAGAAUCCUAUGGAACUCAUGCGCCCAUAUCUUCACCAGUUCCUCACAGCUGCAUAUGCAAAAUAUGACAUCAUGAUAUGGUCAGCAACUAGUAUGAAAUGGGUGGAGUUGAAAAUGGAACAACUUGGAGUUCUUAGCAACCCUGACUUCAAAAUUACUGCUCUUAUGGAUCACUUGGCUAUGAUAACUGUGCAAUCUGAAAAUCAAAGUAGAAAGAAGACUUUUGACUGCAAGCCUCUUGGUGUCAUUUGGGCUCAGUUCCCUGAGUACUACAACGAAAAGAACACCAUAAUGUUUGAUGAUCUAAGAAGGAAUUUCGUCAUGAAUCCACAGAACGGUCUCGUGAUCAAGCCAUUCAGGAAAGCGCACUCGAACAGGCAUGAUGAUCACGAGCUGGUAAAGCUUACACACUACCUGCUUUCGAUCGGAGACCUAGAAGAUCUCAGCAAGCUUGACCACGGUAAAUGGGAGUCCUUUGUAGAUGAGAGCGUAAAGAGACGCAAGCGCUCUUAGUUUCCGUCAGUAUAGUGACUGUCAGAAAGAAAAACAGAACACCCAUUUUCUUUUCUUUUCAGUGCUACGGAUACCUCGCAGAUUAGAGUAACCGAAUGACCAGGAUUUACUUUGAACAAUCUGGGGCUUCAGCCUCGUCAAGUUACAGUGCUUCCUGCUUCCUGAAUC